UUCUCUUUGAUCGCACAUGUCCCUCGACACGUGUGGGGCCAGGCCUCGGCUGUGGGUUACACUCUUUUGAGUUGUAAUAUUUGCUAGUAGAGGAGUCGUCGUGAUGGACGAUGCCCACACCCAAGUGAGUUGGUUCCAUGCCUGCAGUGUAGUGCCGGAAACCUAAUGCCGUUUCAUGCUGGGUCAUUCGCCUUUUAGAUUUUCGAUUCUGAACCUGCUAUAUCCAACCCCCCCCCCCCCUGUCGGUCGAUCCAUGUGCAGGUUCCAUUCGAUACGUUUGAGGUGUUUGUGGCGAGCGGGUACUAGUAGAGGAUUUAAUCGCUUGUGCUCGUGUUGGAAAUAUGUCGGGCAAGUUUCUGAGGUUCAGUUCUGCUUGCACGCGAGACCUGCAGGAGAUUUGGGCUCGUAACCAUGCCGCUGCUUCCUGUGCAGUCUCCAGCGACACAGUUGAUCCUGAAAUCUGACCAGUAUAAGCGUCUGUGCAAUCAGUUGGAUCUCCGACAAUAGCAGUAUUUUGAUAUUGGUUUGAAUUCUUUUUGUCACCGCGAUAGUCUGAGGGUUGAUUCCUUUCAAAAUCUUUAAGAGCUGUUUGGCCGUGGUGGCGCACUACUAUUGGCAGAAAUUUCCACUUUCACUUCAUUGAUUAGAGAGGUUUAUACCGACAGCUACAUUCUUCUACGCGAAUUAUGUUUUUUAUAUCUAUCACCACUCUCAUGCCUAAGAACAUUGGUUAGCAGCCAGUAAAGUUGACGUAGGCUGGUGCACUUUGUAAGUCAUUUAGGAGGACGCUGGAGCGCAGGCUGAGUGCAAUGAAUUGAGGAUUCUAUCAAUUUGAAUCUAGCAAAGAGGAUCAACCUGGAGUCUUUUUGCCCCUGACAGCACAAAAGCUAGUCAUACGAAGUGUAGACUAGAGCUGUAACCGAUCUCCAUGGAGAAGGAAAGCUCCUUCAACGCGCUGAGAGAAUUAGUCAUUGGUGUUGAAUGGACUUAUAGAAUCAUAUGGAAGCUCGAGCUCAAUCAAAGGAGCUUGAUUUGUUACCAGAGUUAUUUCAAUGAAAGAGAAGCCACGGAAGUUGAUCAAGCUCAAGAAUUUCAGCUUGUGUAUUGCUCGCGCCAGUUCGCGACCUCUAGACCUGGGUAUGCAUACAACGCUUGGAAGCAGCAAUCAUCGUCCUGGUGGACACCACAGCUAAUGCAACAAGUUCCCACAGACGAGAACAGAGAUCUCUUCUUAAGGAAAGCUGGAAUUCAGACUCUUGUGUGCUUUCCAGGUCGCACAGAUGAUGGUAUCGGCUAUUGCGUUGAGUUGGCCACCAAAGCUCAGAUUUUGGAAACCGACACAUUGCGGAGCUUCAUCCAGGGAUUUCUCUACUCCUCGAUUGCACCACACAUCCAAGAAGAAAAGGUGCUGCGGAAAGUGGGAGGGAGAAUUGAGGGUUUUCCUCAAGCGUCCAGGACCGUGACACUACCUAUGGAGCCCGUGGAGCAUAAUUCACCUUGGGCGAUGACAGUCUUGCAAGCUAAUGCGAAUCUGGGACAACCAAGUGUAGGAAUCCAAGAACUGAAGUAUGUAGACUUUCCAAUCCAUAACUCACAGUUAGACUUGGGAUCAAUUGAUCUUCCGGACAUAAUUGGUAGAGAUAGCCCGAAUCGAGACCCAAGUACUGCAUUUCUAUUCUCGACGGAAUGGAUGACCGCCGGAGGUAAAGAAAUUGCUGGAGAAGGAGGAAUACAUCUAGAGAAUCUUGCAGGCACACCAAUUGACCUACAAUUACGGAAGAAAAUAGCAAUAGAAAACUUAGAUAAAAUUCUUAUGGAAAUUCCUGAUGAGCAAUUGCAAGCUAGCCCAUCUCUACAAACUAAUGGCGGGAUUUUAGACACUACAAUGACUUCGCCGGGGAGCUCCUUUCACCAAAAUUCGCCAACAGGUAUUGGAAAAGUGGGUCAGGUUCCUCCAGGGCACAGCUCGAAGUCUUUGUUUCGACCCCGUCGGAAAUCCUCUUUCGCCCGAUUAAGCAGCUCGUCUAAGAGGCAGCCCAUGAUACAUAACUGGGCGAAGAAUUUGGCGCCGAAGAUAGUGGAGUUGCAACGGGAAGCUCAACCAUUGACGUUGCCCGACUUUAAUGCGUAUGAGAGUCCAGGAUACAGCCCUCAUGAGCAUUAUCAAGCUGUAGCCCACAAACUGGCAGAAAGAGAUCGGAGGUUCAAGUUUAACCAAAGAAUGCAGACCUUGAUCUCCAUUGUGCCCAUCAUCAGCAAGAAGGACAAGGUGUCAGUACUUACAAGUACCAUCGCUUACAUCCACCAACUGACUUCUCGAAUCUCAAGAUUAGAAAAAGGGGAAGAAUUACCUGCACAACCACAAGCGCCAACAAUGGAAACUCCACCACCUCUUGAUGCAGCAGGUGUUUCAACAUUAGAGAGAGUUAACCAGCAGACUUUUGUAAGUGACGAAGCUGGAGCUGGUCGGUCAUCCCCUUCCUGGCCCUCUGUCUUAGUUGAUGAAGACGACGAUGAUUCAACGUUGAUCAUCAAACUGGAGGCUAGCAACAACAAUAUCUCCCUGAUCCAAUUGCUCAACUUGUUACUUGAGCUGGAUCUUCGAAUCCGCACCCUCGAUUAUGUUUGCACGGAUGGCCGAUUCAGUGCCAAAACACGCGUCAAGAAUUCAAAGACGAGCAAUAAGGAGAUCCAGGUGACGCUUCAAAGAUUUCUUCGCAUAAAGGAAUAAUUCAACCACCAGGUGGACUAGCUGUGCUCAUCUCCUAGAUCUGUGCAGAAACUAAAAAUCCAAGUUCAUAGUUACGAACUCAUGAAUAUUGGAUACUUGUUCCUAAAAUAUUUAUUCUCCUUCUCGUUAACGGUGGAUAACAAAUUGCUGUAGAUCUGCUCGGGACUGGGCUUCGAACUGUUGUCAGCAGAUCUUUCACGGAGUUGUUGUGUGAACUGAGUGUGAACGAGUUCUGCGUGGCACUGCAAGAAUGUUAGUUUCAUUCGGAGCUAGUUUGGGCGAGGAAUGGAUACAAUGAAAGCUUGAGAUUGCUGUAGCAACUGCAGCUGAUGUGAAUUCCAGCGCCGUUUGAAGAGUCUUGGACUCCACAGACUUGGAAAUCUGUUCAUGGCAGUUGCCAUACUGUAGCGCUAUAUGAAUUGAAAACAACUAGUUUAAGAGAGUAAAUUUAUUUAAGGCAUUUUUGGUUUAAAGAUUGGUAUUUGCAAAACGGUUGGGGGAAAAAUGUUUGCAAUAAAUCAGCAAAUGUUUAUGUUUUUAGUGGCAAACUGUUAGUUUCAAAGUGUAAUUCACUUGAAUGUACAAAAAAACAUUGUGUAAUUUUCUUGGAUCAAAUUGAUGCAAUGAAAAAGAGGUUGGAUACAUUUCAAAA